GUUUAUGCCCCUUCUGCAAGCACUGCCGAUUACAAUCGGGAUUCACCCGGCUAUCCAUCCUCAAAACCAGCAGCCAGCACUUUUCCUAGUUCUUUCUUCAUGCAAGACGGCCACCAUAGCAGUGAUCCAUGGAACUCAUCCAGUGGAAUGAAUCCUCCUGGAUACGGAGGAAUGUUGGGCAAUUCAUCUCAUAUUCCACAGUCCAGUAGCUAUUGCAGUCUUCAUCCUCAUGACCGCUUGAGCUACCCAUCACACUCCUCAGCAGACAUCAAUUCCAGUCUUCCUCCAAUGUCCACUUUCCAUCGCAGUGGCACAACCCAUUAUAGUGCUUCUUCCUGUACACCUCCGGCAAAUGGAACAGAAAGUAUAAUGGCAAGCAGAGGAAGCGGAGCCACAGGAAGUUCACAGACAGGCGAUGCGCUGGGAAAAGCACUUGCAUCUAUUUACUCUCCAGAUCAUACCAACAACAGCUUUUCAUCAAAUCCUUCAACUCCGGUUGGUUCACCCCCUUCUCUCUCAGGAACAGCUGUUUGGUCUAGAAAUGGAGGGCAAGCAUCAUCAUCUCCCAAUUAUGAAGGUCCCUUACAUUCUUUGCAAAGCCGAAUAGAAGACCGCUUGGAAAGACUGGACGAUGCUAUUCAUGUUCUCCGGAACCAUGCAGUGGGGCCUUCAACUGCCAUGCCUGGUAGUCAUAGUGACCUCCAUAGCUUAAUAGGCCCUUCUCAUAAUGGAGCUAUGGGAGGUCUUGGAUCAGGAUAUGGGACAGGCCUUCUUUCAGCCAAUAGACAUUCACUAAUGGUUGGGGCUCAUCGUGAAGAUGCAGUUGGCCUCCGCGGCAGCCAUUCGCUUGUGCCAAACCAAGUUCCUGUUCCACAGCUGCCAGUGCAGUCUGCAACAUCUCCUGACUUAAACCAGCCUCAGGAUCCUUACCGAGGCAUGCCAACUGGACUUCAAGGGCAAAGCAUAUCUUCAGGGAGUUCUGAAAUCAAAUCUGAUGAUGAAGGAGAUGAGAACCUUCAGGAUGGAAAAUCUUCCGACGACAAGAAAGACGAUGACAAGAAGGAUAUCAAAUCAAUUACUAGCAAUAAUGAUGACGAAGAUCUUACUCCGGAACAAAAAGCAGAGCGCGAGAAAGAAAGAAGAAUGGCCAACAAUGCCCGUGAGCGCCUGCGUGUCCGUGACAUCAACGAGGCUUUCAAAGAGCUGGGCCGGAUGGUGCAGCUCCAUCUAAAAAGCGACAAGCCCCAGACCAAACUUUUGAUCUUACAUCAAGCUGUAGCAGUUAUCCUCAGUUUAGAGCAGCAAGUCAGAGAAAGAAAUCUGAAUCCUAAAGCAGCAUGUUUGAAAAGAAGGGAAGAAGAAAAAGUAUCUUCGGAGCCUCCUCCACUUUCUUUGGCAGGACCCCACCCUGGGAUGGGAGACACAUCUAAUCACAUGGGGCAGAUGUAAACAAAAGGAAAAAAGGUCCAAGUUGCCACAUUUUCUUCACGUAAACCAGAGACCACUUCCUUAAACAGCUGUAUUAUCUUAAAAACAUAUAAACACUUAACCCUCCCCCCCUUUUUUUGUAAUAUAAUGAGACAAGUCUGAGUAGUUACGAAUCACAGACGCAAGAGAUUUCAGCAUUCCUGAUUUUGAAAUAAAGAAAAAGUGCAACUUGAGGGACACCUCUUAUCAACAUAUCAUUCGGAGUGUUUCAAGCAGUAUGUUGACAAGCUGUAAAUGCACAGCCAGGAGACUGAAUGGCAAUCUUCUCCACACUGUGGGACAAUGCAUUUGUGCCUAAACUUCUUUUGGAAAAAAAAAUAUAAUUAAUUUGUAAGUCUGAAAAAAAAAAUAUUUAAUUUAAAAAUUGUAAACUUGCAAUAAUGAAAAGUGUACUUCUGAAGAAAAAAAAAUGAACGUUUUCAUUGGUGUACUAGUCAGCUAGUGUUUAUACUUACUGGAUAUUAAAAAGGGAAGCACUGCUACCCUAAUAUUUACAAAACCAGCAAACGUCCUAAUGAAAACUGAAGUAAUGACAUUAGCCAUUCCUUAGGGUAGGAGGAACAGAUGGAUCUUAUAGACCUAUGACAAAUACAAAACACAUGGACACAAACACACAUAUAUAAAUAUUAUAUAAAUAUAUAUAUAAAUAUAUAUAUAUUAAAAUUAGUGAAUAUGGUAAGCUUUGUUCAUUUGUUUCUGACUUUU